CAAGAAUAUAUCAUUCCUUUCAUAGUGAGAUCUCUCAGGUUGUAGGGCAACUAGUAUGUGAGCUGAUACUGCAAAUCAUCCCACAUGUGAUUAUGAAAUGCAGAUCACUAACUAACUAGUUAACUAGUUAUAACCACAGCAAUUGAGCGGACUUUCCCCCACAAUUCAAAAACCAAGAUCACAACUUUCUACCAUCCCAUAACGCCUAUUUUUUUAUAGUUAAACUAUCUUACCACUUGAAUAGGCUUGUAUAUUCAUCUACGACCGGUAGCCUAUCACAUUGAAAUACAUCGAAAAUGUCCAAAGAUGUGUUGGAUUUUCCCGAGUCGGAGCGGCCGUUUUUGGAGCCUUACCUACUGCCACACAAUGCCGAAAUCGAGAAUACCAGUUUGCCCUUUGUGACUCUUACCUUUGCUACCUCGCUGGACUCGUCUCUCAGCAUUGCGCCCGGAGCUCGCACCGUUCUUUCAGGCCCUCAGUCCAAGGCCAUGACACAUUACCUCCGAUCUCGCCAUGAUGCUAUCUUAAUUGGAGUGGGCACAGCAGUAGCAGAUAAUCCCGGCUUGAACUGCCGGAUUCAGGGCGUUGGGGGGUACGGUGGUGGCGACAACCUUCAGGGACAGCCCAGACCCAUCAUCAUCGAUCCUACAGCUCGAUGGGACUUCAGCAAGGAGACCCAGAUUUUUCAACUUGUUAGGAAUGGCUGUGGACGUGCUCCAUAUAUUCUGACAUGGAACCCAUCACCUCCUACCAAACAAAAACAGAUUCUUGAGGAACACGGCGGGAAGUUCAUUACACUCGAUAUUACUACACCUGAAAGUGAAACUGGCCGUGAUCUCGAUUGGACCGCUUUGCUGAGGACCUUGAAAAAGGAAGGGUUUAAUAGUGUUAUGAUUGAAGGCGGCAGUGGUGUGAUCAAUACUCUGCUGGAGCCGUCAUCCCAGGCGUUGAUUGACAGUGUGAUCAUUACCAUUGCCCCAACAUGGCUGGGCCAAGGUGGAGUGGUUGUGUCACCGAAACGACGAUUCGAUGCAAGUGGUAAUGCGGUUGCAGCCUCACGGCUUGCCAAUGUGAAAUGGCAUCCAUUUGGUGAAGAUGUGGUGCUCUGUGGGAGGAUCAACCCUUGAAAUAUUAGGCUCUCCACGCUGUUAGACUAGCCGUUUUGGUACUUACAGAGACGGACUAUGAAUAUGAUUUCCUAAUUUUAUUCAUGGGCGUAUCUGCAAACGCUGAGCAAACAGGGUUAGUAUAAAUAGGAAUAUUACUCAUUAUUACCUACCAGACGGAGCCGUGACAUAAGGGUAAGGAGAGUUCACCUUUCUCAUGUCGAGUCACUUAACAGGGGCGGGGUUUUGUUUGUAGCUUUGUGCAUAUUCUAAAUAGUUCAAUGUUUGAAUUUGGAAGACAACG